AUGUCUCCGAUCCCGCGGUGGCUGCUCGCCGCGGCCUCCUCCCGCGACUUCGCAGCUCCGGGAAACCCAAAGUCCCCUCUUUUUCACCGGCUAGCUAGUUGGGCCUUCCCUUCCCGCCCCCGCUCCCGCCGUGCCGUGCCGUACGGGUGGCGGCCGACGGAGGCGCGAGGACCGCGUUCGGUUCGACGGAGUUUUGAAUCCGGGCCGCGGGGGAGCUCCCGGACUCGCCUCCCCCCUCCCCGACCCCGCGGGCGCCGCCCGCCUUCACGGGCGGGAGGAUCGGCCCCCGGGCCCCCGGCCCGGUGGAGAGAGUCGGGGGCCGCUCGGCCGCCGCGUGACCUUGGGCGAGCCGCUUCCCUGCGCCCCGCCUACGGGACGGGAGUUCGCCUCCCGUUGUCCCUCCCGUUUAGAACGCGAGCCCCACGCGGGACCCGAUUCUCGUAUCCGCCCCGGCGGUCGGCGCGUGGUGAGCGCUCGACGGAUACCACGGUUAUCGGGACCGGACGGCAACGGCCGAGCGUCGCCCUAGUCGCCGGGUUUCUCCUCUGUCCCGCGGCCAUCCUCUCGGUCGCACCUCCCCCGCUGCCGGGAAUCGUCCGAUCGUAUCCGUUGAGCCCGAGCUUGUUGCGGGCCGGGAAUGGGUCUCCCGACUCCGUCGUGUCGUACCCUCCCGACUGCCCGGUACGGCGCUCGGUGGAUACGAUCGAUCGAUCGCUCGCCGCGCGCGGGUCACGGCGCUCACCGCCCGGGAGGGUACGAUAUCAGAGUGUCGGUAGAGACGUCCCCUGCCCGCGAGGAGUUUCCGGUCCUCCGAUUUCGUAUCCGACGGACCGCGGUUCGCCCCGUCUUCGAAGUCCUCAGAUCGCACCUCCCGCGAAACCUCCCCCAGCCGCUCCCUCGGAGCACUCGCCCGCCGCCGUGGCCCCGACGACCGUCUCCGUGCCGACGAUUGCCGAAUCCACCUCUCCAGCCCUGACCUUUCCGUGCGACCUAGCAUCUCCUCCUGCCUUCGGGACGUCGCUUCUCGGAUGCCCCGCCGUCACUUCAGACUUAGAUUUUCAACGUGACUGAUUAAUUCGUGAGCACACUAUCCAACGUUUAAGGGUAAAGAGCCGUGCCCUGAGCGCAGUCUGUUCGACGACGACGAAAAAAAGAAAUCGUAACGUCUCCUGGAAAUGAACUCUUCUCAUACAGUAAUGAAUUAGUUAAAUAAUACUGGGCUGGUGGGUCUUUCCUUUUACAAGGAAAUGAAUACACCCUAAGAGUAAACGUUAAUAAGAACAAGGAGAUUUUGAGAGUUUUAAACCAAUAUUCGGUAUUUCAAAUGCCGGUAUUUUCAUUUUUGUUCCCGAAUUGUGCCGUGGCUUUUGGUCUGCUCUUCCUAAAUGUGGCCUACUGAUUUUUCUCGCCUUUCGUGAUGACUGUAUAGGGUCUAGAGAAAACUUGCAUUCAAGCGCCUGCCUGGGGUAUCGUUCGGUUCGUAUUUUCACUAGUAUAUUAAAAACCUGUCAAACUCCUCACCUCUCCUAAGAAUCAUAAUACCCCCAGUAACUUUUUAAACUGCAUCUGUCAGUACCCCCUUUCACGACUGAAUGUUUUUCAGCGUUACGUACAGUUUGUACCGUUUGGCGUCAGCUACCGGGUUGUAAAUAAAUGCGGUUACAAAUUCUGAA